GUUCGGGGGCAACAUAGCAGUACUUGUCUGUGCUGAGCGGUCGGAUUCACCGCGUUUAUAAAAACGGGACGUUUCAAGUGAAAACACAAUGCAGGAAAAUCAGAAGCGCUAAGUAACAUUUUUAUGGUGUUAAAUAUUAAAGCAACGAAAUGACCCAGUUAGUCAGAACUGCGUGGGCUACGACCAUAGGAUACGAUCAAGAAAAAGAUACACAUUUGUAUUAAGAAUAUUUUCCGUAUGAAUUUAUUUACCAACUUGUAGAUGAUUUCAGGCCCACCCACCUCGGCGGUGACAUUUAUUUCGGAAAAAACAGCAUGAGUUAAAGUAAAAUGAGAGGCGUCUUUCCGUGAACUUUAUUUGCCUUAAAUUCACCUGAAUUAAUUUUAAUUUACAACCAGGAGACAGCGACCACCCGCCUGAUCCUCCGCAAAGGGGGCGAACGGGCUGUCAGUGACGUAUUCGGUGGGUGUUUAUAAGGGCGUGGCUAUGCCUAUAAGGGGGCGGGAUUGUGCGAAAUGAAUAGGUGACGUCAGAUCCCAGCUCGCAGAGAGUGUGACAAACAUGGCGACAGGCCGGAUUGCUCAGGGGUAUAUUCUAACUUUAUUGGUGUUUUUCUGGACUGUGGCAGCGGGACUGGCCGAGACGGCACCAGCCAGAGUUAGCGGCAGCCGGAUCCUUGGUAUGCGCCUGCAGUGGAGCAACAAGCCGGCGCUGACUACCGACGACGGGGUCAUCCAGGUAACCGAGGAGAGCAAUGUCACGCUCAGGUUUUACGGGGUGCAUAUGAACUCCGACACCUGGGAGCAGAUUAAGUUUACGGAGCGCGGAGACGGCAGAGAGCUGGAGCGCGACUCCGACAGGAACUGUACCGACUUCACCAAGGACUUCAGCAUCGAGAAGUUUAUGAACGUUAGCAAUCUGGACACCUCGGGGGUGCUGAACAUGGUCAUCAAGCCGCUCCGCAAAAGCGAGCCGCGGAAGGAGUAUGCUUUGUGCGUCAAGCAGGGUACGGAGGACAGGUGGUCCCUGCUGGGUGAGAACGACGGCAAGCUGCUGGUGGUGGAGGAGAAGAAGUCACUGCUGCCUUUGUGGUUCCAGGUGAUCCUCAUCGCCUUCCUCCUGGUGCUGUCUGGCAUGUUCAGUGGUCUCAACCUGGGGCUCAUGGCCCUAGACCCGAUGGAGCUCCGCAUCGUGCAGAACUGCGGUACAGAAAAGGAGAAGAAAUAUGCUCGUAAAAUCGAACCAAUCCGCAGGAAAGGAAACUACCUGCUCUGCUCCCUUCUGCUGGGGAAUGUGCUGGUGAACACUACACUCACCAUCCUACUGGAUGACCUGAUUGGGUCGGGCUUGGGCGCUGUGGUGGCCUCCACUAUUGGCAUUGUCAUCUUCGGCGAGAUCGUGCCCCAGGCCCUCUGCUCUCGCCAUGGCCUGGCUGUGGGCGCCAACACCAUCUUGGUUACGAAACUGUUCAUGCUGCUCACUUUCCCGCUCUCCUAUCCCGUCAGCAAACUGCUGGAUUAUGCUCUGGGCCAGGAGAUCGGGACCGUGUACAACCGGGAGAAGCUGGUGGAGAUGCUGAAAGUGACGGAGCCUUACAACGACUUGGUGAAAGAGGAACUUAACAUGAUCCAGGGCGCUCUGGAGCUGCGGACCAAGACUGUGGAGGACAUUAUGACGCCGCUAAGCAACUGCUUCAUGAUCCACAGUGAUGCCGUUCUGGACUUCAACACCAUGUCUGAGAUCAUGGAGAGCGGCUACACCCGCAUCCCAGUAUUCGAGGACGAGCGGUCCAACAUCGUGGACAUCCUCUUUGUCAAGGACCUGGCCUUCGUUGACCCAGAUGACUGCACGACCCUGAAGACCAUAACCAAGUUCUACAAUCACCCGGUCCACUUUGUUUUUCAUGAUACUAAACUAGACGCCAUGUUGGAGGAGUUCAAGAAAGGUAAAUCACACCUGGCCAUCGUGCAGAAGGUUAACAACGAGGGUGAGGGCGACCCCUUCUACGAGGUGCUGGGCCUGGUCACGCUGGAGGACGUCAUCGAGGAGAUCAUCAAGUCUGAGAUCCUGGACGAGUCUGACCUCUACACCGAUAACCGUAACAGGAAGAAGGUGACUCACAACAAAAACAAGCGCGACUUUUCGGCGUUCAAACACGAGAGCGAGUCCAAGGUGAAGAUCUCCCCCCAGCUGCUUCUGGCCGCCCAUCGCUUCCUGGCCACAGAGGUGAUCCUCUUCAGUCCGUCACAGAUCACCGAGAAAGUCCUGCUGCGUAUCCUGAAGCACCCCGACGUCAUCCAGGAGAUUAAGUUCAACGACAGCAACAAGCGCUCCCCCCACCACUACUUAUACCAGCGGGGGAAGCCUGUGGACUACUUCACCCUCAUCCUGCAGGGCCGAGUCGAGGUGGAGGCUGGUAAUGAAAACAUGAAGUUUGAAACGGGUCCCUUCUCUUAUUAUGGAGUCAUGGCUCUGAGCACUCCAGCUUUGGUGGCAUCGCUCCAUCCUCGUCACCUCUCUUUAAAGAGGUAUUCUCUGUUCUCUCGGUUUCCAGGCCCAUCCCCUCCUCUGGGAACUCCGCCCUCUCUGGAUGAGUCCCUCCCCUGGGAGCCACGCCCAGUCCCAAGCAGGCCCGCCCCCUGCUCUGGGAACCUUGUCGUGAGGGCCCCCCUCCGUUCAGAGUUUCGCUCUCCCUCCCACCUCAGCGGCCUCAAUCGCUCCGCCUCCCUCAGCUGCACAGAUCGCUCCGAGUCACAGUCAGUCAGCGGCAGCAACAACCAGCUCAACUGCAUCUCCUCGCCGCAGUACAUCCCCGACUUCAAUGUGCGAGCGCUGAGCGACCUGCAGUUUGUCAAGGUUACCCGCUGUCAGUACCAGAAUGGGUUGAUGACCUCGCGUCUGGACAGCACCCCCCAGUCCCCUGAGAGCUACCACACACGACUGGAGCCAGUCGCAGCCAUGCUGCAGGAGAGCACCGACGGCGGGCCGGACGAGACCACGUCGCUUCUGAAUGAGCAGAACUGCCAGCCCUGCCGGCAAGGCAACCUCAGCCCACACCGCGAAAACAACAUCUGACUAGGGUCACGUACGUGUGCCGGUGGGCGUGCAGGUGGCCCCCCCGCCUUCUAUACAACCCCAGCAUCCUGUCCUGCAGUCCCAGAUGUCUCAGGAAGAGGAGACAGGGCAUGGAUCCUUCUAGAAUCCUCCAUCCACUCCCAGUAGGAUGAGACCAGUGGGGCAUCGGCUGGGCAGGAUGCGCUGGUGUCACGAGGACUGGCUCCGUGGCAGGAUGGGGCGGGGGGGGUGACCUCGGGGGCUGGACCCGCAUGCUUUACCGCAACUGUACAACAGACUGCACAAAGUUUUUAUAUAAACCAUCAUAGAGGUAUAUUUUCUGUUAUAAAGGUUUAUUUUUUUAUUUUUAUUUUUGCACUCGAAUCCAUUCUGGUGUGUUUGGCCCAACUCCUCGCCACGGAAGCCUUGUCCUGCCACCCAUGCUGCCCCCCCCCCCCCGAACUCCUGACACUCGUCAUGCUAAACAGAAGCACAGCCCCUGUUCUUCCCGGACCACUGAAUGACCUGGAAGGGUUUAACCUUCAUUCAAAGUGGAGUAUCUGUGCGUUAGUGGAGAGCGCCCCCUAGUGUGCACACUGGUGACCAGAGAGCAAGCUCGGCCUUCCCACACAGCAACCAGCCGCUGCUCUCUGGGGGUUUGUGGGGCUUAUUUGGAUAAUUACAGCCUCGCGUGUGAGACUGGAGUUCGGGGUGGUCGGAUGGGUCUGAACAGGGCCUGUACGUUUAAGACACACGUGUGUAUAUGUACUUAGCAUAUUUAUUUUGCCUGGGACAUAAAUUGUAUAUUUUGCUGACAAUCUUGCAUUGUGCAUAUCUGUAAAUAAGCUGCUGCUUUCACUUUGACAUGAAUUCCCCCCCCUGCCUGUAGGACAGUGUUGCUUUAUGGCCUUUUGGGUAUUAAAUGCUGAUCUCAUGCCUUUUUAGAGGGAGGGUGUUCUGAGAGGCUGGGGUCUCUGUCUGAAAUGGCUGUUGUCGUCCCCCAGUGCAGUAUGGGGGAGUAAAGCUUUGUGUUUAUAUGGAUUUUAAAGCUUCUCUCACACUGUUACUUUCUGGAAAGGAAAUUGAGAAAUGCAUUGUGAUAUAACGGUAAGUGGCUGUUAGGGGGGGGGGGGGGGGCGGGGUGACACUGCAGGGUUUCGCUUUGCCUGACCUGCUCUCCUCUAAAUACUGUGGUUUUAAGUUUUUUGUCGUUUUUUUUUUACACUUAGACACCCUGUCCACACAGCAGCUCCGUGGAACCAGGCCCGGGUUGGUCUGUGCAUCCCAGGUGGGAGUUGGCUGAGUCCUUGCUGGUGGUGAAAUGCUAAUUAUUUAUGACUGUGUUUGUGUCGUGGUGGGUGUAGAACAUCCACGGUGUCUCCGCAUUGCUGCUGGGUGCAGGGCGAUCCCGUCUGCGCUGUGGAGUAGGACCGAUGGUAAAAGGAGACCCAAUGACCUCACAUAAACGGUUACCUGUGGAUGAUGCAGAGGGGGAGAUGCCGUGAGAAGGAAUUUCCUCAGGAGCCCAACACGUGAAGAAGCCCUUUCCUGCUCAUCUGGCAGCUUUUAACUGGCAGGGAGGUGGCAGGAUUGGGACCCCUGGCUGACCACUGUCUCUCCCACCCCCCAUGUCCUUCACAGGGCCUGUGCUUUACUUAAAAAAACAAAAAAAAAAAAAAACUAAUUUUCAAGCCAGUUCAAUCCACUCCACUCUUGUUUUUAUAUCCACUUAAAAAAAAUCUUUAAAAACAUGGAAUUCUUCUUCAAAAAGCAGCAGCUUUUUUUGUAUCAUAAAGAGAUUAUUUAAGGUUUUGGGGGCCCAUAGUGGGGCCAGGAGAUAAGUUUGGCUCCCUUUUUACCUAAAAACACUGUCAGAAAUUGUGCAAAGCUGUCUCUAUAUUCGUUGGUGUUUAGAGAAUGGGGGGGCGCCGUGGACAGGCGCUCUGCUCAUCUGCUGUCCCGUGCUUUACCUGAGAACAUGUACAUAUGCUUUUAUAAUCACUGUCUAAAGUUUCGAAGGGAAGUUCUAAAUAAAUCUGAUAUAUUUCUGUA